AUGUCAAAACCCAAGAGCUCCGAGUCUGUGCGUGUGGUGGUGCGAUGCCGACCUAUGAACUCCAAGGAAUUGUCUGCCGGAUUUGAAAAGGUAGUUAACGUGGAUGUGAAACUCGGGCAGGUAUCCGUAAAAAUUACCAAAGGAUCUGCUAACGAGCUGCCUAAAACCUUCACCUUUGAUGCAGUGUACGACUCCAACUCCAAGCAGGUGGAAUUAUACGAUGAGACAUUCCGGCCUUUAGUAGAUUCGGUCCUUCUUGGUUUCAAUGGAACAAUCUUCGCUUAUGGGCAGACAGGUACCGGAAAGACAUACACAAUGGAAGGGUUGCGUGGUGAUCCAGAAAAGAGAGGGGUCAUACCCAACUCAUUUGAGCACAUAUUCACUCACAUCUCAAGGUCUCAGAACCAACAGUAUCUUGUGAGAGCCUCUUACCUGGAGAUCUAUCAGGAAGAAAUCCGAGAUCUACUCUCCAAAGAUCAAAGCAAGCGCUUGGAGCUUAAAGAAAGACCAGACACCGGUGUGUACGUCAAAGACCUUUCAUCCUUUGUCACGAAGAGCGUGAAGGAGAUAGAACAUGUCAUGAAUGUGGGCAACCAGAACCGUUCUGUUGGAGCCACCAACAUGAAUGAGCAUAGCUCACGCUCUCACGCCAUUUUUAUGAUCACCGUUGAGUGCAGUGAGCUUGGUUUAGAUGGUGAGAACCAUAUCCGCGUGGGAAAGCUAAAUUUGGUAGAUUUGGCAGGAAGUGAACGGCAAGCAAAAACCGGAGCUCAGGGAGAAAGACUGAAAGAGGCCACAAAAAUUAACCUCUCCCUUUCUGCCUUGGGAAAUGUUAUCUCUGCCCUUGUCGAUGGGAGAAGCACGCACAUACCAUACAGGGAUUCCAAACUCACCAGACUACUACAAGAUUCUCUCGGAGGCAAUGCUAAGACUGUCAUGGUGGCUAAUAUAGGUCCGGCUUCCUACAACGUGGAAGAGACACUGACAACUUUACGUUACUCUAACCGUGCCAAAAAUAUCAAGAACAAACCAAGAGUUAAUGAAGAUCCUAAAGAUGCUUUACUUCGUGAAUUUCAAGAAGAGAUUGCACGAUUAAAGGCACAGCUGGAAAAAAGGGUGGUUGGUAAAAGGCGAAGAAGAGGGAAAAGAAGAGGAGAUCUUGGAGGGGAGGAUGAUGAAGAUGGAGACUCUUUUGAAGGUGAAGAAGAGGUGGAUGAUAAAGAUUACUUUCGGGAGCAACAGGAACGCCUGGAGUCUGAGAAGAAGGCCAUUGUGGAAGAUCACAGUUUGGUGGCCGAAGAGAAAUUGAAGUUAUUGAAAGAGAAGGAAAGAAAAAUGGAGGACCUGAAAAAAGAGAGAGAAGCUAUGGAAAUGCUGAGCUCAAAAGUCAAGGUAAAUAAAACAUAUAACUGCACUGUGAACAGCUAGAUACCCAGUUCCUGUCCUCUACAGUUCUACCUAAAUUAUAUCAAGGCCUCAUUUGUCCAUAUUACUGCACCCAGUCUCUGAACAGAUUUUCAGUAAUACUAAGAAGUGGGUACAUGUAAUGCAUACCCUGGUUAGUUGUGCCCAACUUGAUUGCCCCUUAGUUUGGUUUGUUGAGUUACUGGUGACACUGUGGUAAAUUUUAGAGUGGUCCUGUUUUUCCAGGCAAUGGAAAGCAAACUUCUUGUGGGAGGAAAGAACAUUGUAGACCACACAAACGAACAGCAGAAGAUUCUUGAGCAGAAACGUCAAGAAAUUGCAGAACAGGCAAGUCUGAUACAUUGUUUAAAACACAUUAACGUAGAAAAUGAUGCAAACCCACACAGACAGGCAUGAACUUCUUAUCACUGUCCCUUAGAAACGACGCGAAAGGGAGAUGCAACAAGAAAUGGAGAAUCGAGACGAGGAAACCUUGGAGCUGAAAGAAACUUAUAGCUCGAAACAACAAGAGGUCGAUAUAAAGACAAAGAAACUUAAAAAGGUAGUGAAUGAUGUGAAUGAGCAUUAAACUGCUAAAGUGAUCAGCAGGGUCCAUCAAUUAUUAUUUAAAACAAUGAGGACUCUUCAUCGUGUCAGGGUUAGAAAAAAACGUCUUUCUGCCGAGGACGGUGUCUAAAAUCUGUUUUUGAUAUUGUUUCUCUUUCCCAGCUCUUUUCCAAGUUGCAAGCAGUGAAAGCUGAGAUCCACGAUAUUCAAGAGGAGCACAUUAAGGAACGACAAGAGCUGGAACAGACACAGAAUGAGCUCACUAGGGAACUAAAACUGAAGUAAGUAACUGGGAAUGUGGAACUUGUCCUAAAUAAUGUAGUAAGGUACGGUGAAAGGAGGCUCAGAAAAGAAUGCCAGAAAAAUGAUGAUGGGUGACUGGUGGAUGGAAGGUAGGUCAUGAAUGACUGGUCAAAGAGAGUCAAAGCUGUUUGUAUUAAGGGAAUGGGUAGAGGGUGAACAAAGAGAGGAACAGGGGAAUAAGGAAAUGAGUAACUGUGGGAACAUGGAACAAAGAGAGUGAGGUGUGUGAAUGUGGCAACAUAGAACAAAGAGAGGUAUGUGAAUGCUGGAACAUAGAAGAAAGAGCUAUGAAUUUAGCAACAUAGAACAACGGUCCCUAGAACAUAGAACCAUGUUGACAGAUACUUUGUCUGUGAUAGUAGCUUAUAGGUUACUCUUUGCCAGGUUCCUAGAACAUUUCCCAGCAUUCACCUGUUGCAGUCUUUCUGAUUUGAUGCUCAUUCAGCAUGUGUUUAACUCCUUGUAGCUUGCCUUAUUGAUGUGUCUGGGAACAUGGUGAUUCAGAGACCCCAGGAUUUGUGCCUUGCCCACUAGACAGGGUUUGUCAGAGCAUGGUCCACUUUCUUAGGUUUCUUUCUAUAUUCUGUAGUGCUUGAGCACUUACCUUGUGUGCACUACUAACACCACUGGUUCCCAGGUGAGUACAGACUCACAAUGUGUUCCCUAUAAUGGCUGGAUUAUUUAACACGUUUGAUACAUUCCUGAUGGCGUUUGAGUAGCAUAUAGAAAGACUAGCCUUGAAGAAAAGUUUAAACUGACUUGGGAAAAACAAAUCGAUAUCCUGAGAAGAAAGCAAAAUCAAAACUAUAGCCUGUGUUUUCAGAUAGGACACUGGCAUAUUAGAUGAGGACAGUUGACUUGCUGCUAUCAGAAUGUUUGUUCCUGUGUCGGAUCCCAAUAAUGAUGUGCUAUGUAAGUCAUGAAAAAAAGCAAAUGCAGGUGCUAUAAUUUCAAUGCCCCCUGGGAUUUUCUACCCCAAUUCCUUAUCACAAGGGAACAGCAGAGGGCGCCCACUCUUGAGAAGGCUAUUUCUUGAGAAGUUUUAUAAAAUGUAGUAUAACACUGUGAUGUCAUAAACUGGCAUAAAAUCUCACUCGGCUGUGUGAGGAUCUCAAGGAAUGACCGUAUAGGGUUUUGUGCCAGCUGAAGCCCAGAUGUCUGUGUAAUAUAAGUUUUGCUAGGCUAACAAUAAAGAAAAAUGAAUAAAUAAUUAAGAAAUUACUUUAAGCAGCUGUUUCCCAAAUACAAAUCUCUUCGAAAACAGUCAGUUAAAACAUAUAUAUAUAUAUAUAUAUAUAUAUAUAUAUAUAUAUAUAUAUAUAUAUAUAUAUAUAUAUACACACAUGCACACGCAAAAUGUGCUUAAAAAUAUCAGGCUAGUAAAAUAUUUGCACAACAUGCAGUAAUCCUUUGAGCGAUCGUAGGGUGGGUCAGUAUUAAUAUGAAUCACUUGUUAUAGGUCACGCCAACAUGUUGUGUGGACACUGCUUUAUGCAUAUAAGAACAAUUCAGCUUAGAAACAUGCUUUAAUACUACAAGAUUUUUACAGUUUCUGCUUUAUAUAUAUAAAAAAAAAAUGGCGACUGUAUAAUGAAUAUGUAAGUAAUAAUGGUAAAAACCAACCCCCUAAUGAUUAGAUUUGACUGGGAAAAUGCUAGGUACUUCAUUGACAAAGAUCCUCUCCGGGCGAAAAUACUCUGGUGACUUCUGUUGCGAAAGCAACUUGAUUUUUAGACCAGGAAGACAGGUUGGCAAGGAAGUAGGUAUGCUUGAAAGAUUUACCAUGUGUGCCAAUGCUUGGUACCCAACGGUGUAAAAACCAGACAAGAUGUAGGCAAGAGACUGAAAAUGUCAAAAACAAAGUAGCAUCACCAGGCAGAAAUCCUAAUAAUAUAACUUAACUAGGAUUAAAUACCAAAACUCUGUGUGAACAGCCUUCUUGUUGUAGAACUUUAUUAGUGAUUCGUCUGCUGACCACAUUGUUACAGUGACUUUCUGAACAUACUUUUUCUAAAUUUUCUUUUAACGCAGGCAUCUAAUUAUUGAGAAUUUUCUACCUCUGGAGGAGAAAAACAAAAUGCUGAACAGGGGAUAUUUUGAUGAAGAGGAGGAUCAGUGGAAAUUUCACCCAAUCACCAGGCUGGAGUGAGUGUCCAUGGUGGCAUGCGUGUGUGUACUGCAUGCUGUCUAGCUACAAUUUGUCACUGGUAGUAUGUGUCUCUAAUUUGCACUUUCAAAUCAUUAAAUAUUAAGGAUAUAGAUUUCUUCCUCUGCAUGUUUGGUGACCUAUAAUUUUCUGGGUCUCUGCAGUAACCAGCAGAUGAUGAGACGUCCUGUCUCCGCAGUGGGCUAUAAGAGACCCUUGAGUCAGCAUGCUAAGAUGAGUAUGAUGAUGAAACCUGAUGCAAGGUACCGGGUAAGCGAUGGCUCUGGACGAGGGAUCAAUAAUAUAAUGGGUGAAGACACCCACCUGUUGUUGAUUUGUUUUUUGUUUUUUAUAGGCAGAAAAUAUUUUACUACUGGAGCUGGAUAUGCCGAGCCGCACAACAAGAGAUUAUGAAGGCCCAGCAGUUGCUCCUAAAGUUCAGGCUGCUUUAGACGCUGCCCUACAGGAUGAAGAGGAUAUCCAAGUGGAUGCAUCAUCAUUUGAGAGUACAGCCAGUAAAAGAACAAAAGCAAGGUAUGUGAAAGUUGCCAUAUGCAAAAAAAGGAAAGGAUAAAUGUAAUCACCACCCCUCACCCCCUGUGGCAUGCAUUAGGCAGGCAUUUUGGUAGAACAAUAAUAAAUAGUGUUUUUUGUUUAUUUUGUUUGUGUAUUCAUUUUUGUCUCAGAGCUCAAUUUUUUCUAACUUCAGUUAAUAAUCUGUGUAGCUUUAACUCCACCCCUUACUCAGGGAGGUCACAGGAGGAAGUGUGCUAACUAGGCAGGCACCCCUUGUACAGCCUCACCUCUACCACCAGCGGGCUCACCUCUACCACCAGCGAUCUCACCUCUACCACCAGCGAUCUCACCUCUACCACCAGCGGGCUCACCUCUACCACCAGCGGGCUCACCUCUACCACCAGCGGGCUCACCUCUACCAAAAGAGGGCUCACCUCUACCAAAAGAGGGCUCACCUCUACCAAAAGAGGGCUCACCUCUACCACCAGCGGGCUCACCUCUACCACCAGCGGGCUCACCUCCACCAAAAGAGGGCUCAACUCUACCACAAGCGGGCUCACCUCUACCACCAGCGAGCAUACCUCUACCACCAGCGGGCACACCACCACUAGUGAGCAUGCUCACCUCUACCACCAGCGGAUUUGCGUAGAACAAUAAUAAAUAGUGUGUCAAUAGUAAUUUUGUGUAGUUUUAUUUUUAUUUUUUUCUCAGAGCUCUAUUCUUUAUAACUACAGUGAAUAAUCUCUGUAGCUUUAACUCCAACCCUCACUAAGGGAGGUUACAGGAGGAAGUGUGCUAAUUGGCACCCCUUGUACAGCCUCAUCUCCACCACCAGUGAGCUCACCUCUACCACCAGCGGACCCAACUCUACCGCCAACGAACCCACCAAGCGCGGACUGACCUCCACCAAGCGCGGACCGACCUCCACCAAGAACAAACCUACCAACAGCGGACCCACCUCCACCAAGAGUGGACCCAGCGGACCCAGCGGACCCACCUCCACCAAGAGUGGACCCAGCGGACCCACCUCCACCAAGAGUGGUCCCAGCGGACCCACCUCCACCAAGAGUGGUCCCAGCGGACCCACCUCCACCAAGAGUGGUCCCAGCGGACCCACCUCCACCAAGAGUGGUCCCAGCGGACCCACCUCCACCAAGAGUGGUCCCAGCGGACCCACCUCCACCAAGAGUGGACCCAACUGCACCAAGAGCGGUCCCACCUCCAGUGGGUUUACCUCCUCCACCACAGUAUUGGGAAGACUCUGCGUUAUCAUUAAAACCUUCUAAGCUACCUACCCUUUAUUAUUAAUUUACUACAAAAUUAAAUAUUUUGGUUUAAAAGCAGACAUUUUAUAACAAACUUAGAAACUUUUUUCAGGAUGUAAGACAAUCAGAUUAUAAGAUUGUACAUAACCUGUACUUUACAUACAGUUUAGGGUGACUGCAAUUAUUUUCCUUUUUUCACUCCUACACCUAUAUAUGUUAAAUGAUGUAUGCUUGUGUGUGCUUGCAUAAUAUAUACAGUGUUAAUACAAAAUAUAUAUAUAUAUAUAUAUAUAACCCAUUUAAUCUGAUCUUAAUGAUUAUGUAUUUUCUUGCAGACCUAAAACUGGCAGACGGUCUGCUUCUGCUGCAAGCUCUGCUGGAUCUUCGCUUUUCCCUCAGUCCAGGGGCCUGGUUCCCAAAUAA